AUGUCCCCCUCUCGAGUCCCCCUCCUCCCCUCCCUGGCCGCCCUGGCUUCGUACAACAUUUCCUCCAACGGCUUCCUCCCAGAAACGACACCUCUCAGCCAUCUUCCGCACAAGUACUACGAACCAUGGGAAAUUCUCAUCUCACAAAUUUCGAGCUUGAUUGCAGAGCAGAAAAUCCGCCAAGUGGUCAACGACAGCACUCCGAUUCUCUCGACGGAACAUCUCGCGUCGGAAGCGGAAUGGCAGCGAGCGUAUUCGUUGCUGGCGGUCGUGGCGCAGGCGUACAUUUGGGCGGGACCGGAGCCGGAGGAGCGUCUCCCACCACAGAUUUCGAUCCCAUUUCUCGCGACAGCAGAACAUCUACAAGUCCCACCCAUCGCGACCUACGCGGCGCUGAACCUCUGGAAUUGGCGACCAUUGAACGAAUGUAGUGGGCGAGCCAUCGAUCUCACGGAACCGAGUAAUCUGAUCGCGCUGCAUACCGCAACGGGGACAGAUGAUGAAUCGUGGUUUCUCAUCAUCUCGAAUGCCAUGGAAGCGCGCGCAGGACCACUCAUUCACGCCAUGCUGGCAGCCAUGGAAGCGGUCGAGCGCAAGGAUAAUGCGACCAUUGUGGAAAGUUUGACGUACUUCAAACAGAGUAUGACUGAUAUCGGCAAACUGCUUGAGCGGAUGGAUGAUCGAUGUCAUCCACAGGUCUUCUACCAUCACAUUCGUCCCUUUCUGGCGGGGAGCAUGAAUAUGGAAACGGCCGGUCUGCCCAAUGGGGUCUUCUAUGAUGAAGGCGAAGGGAAAGGAUCGUGGAGAAAGUACCGCGGGGGAAGCAAUGGACAGAGCUCCCUGCUCCAGUUCUUCGAUGCGGUACUGCAGAUCAACCACGACCGAUGUAACGGCUUCCAUGACGAGAUGCGACAAUACAUGCCGGGUCCCCAUGCGCGCUUUCUGGACGAUAUCGAGAGCAUUGCCAACAUCCGCGACUAUGUCAACGGGCUGGAUGAGUCGCGAGGAAACAGUGAUUUGAUCCGUGCAUACAAUGAAGCAGUCUCGAGUCUGAGCGAGUUUCGCAACACACACAUUGCCUUGGUGACCAGAUACAUCAUCAUACCAAGUCGUCAGCCGAAGCCAGAAGGCUGCAUUAUCCGACGAGACAUCGCUUCGACAUCAACGACCCUGGCAUCUGCAGAGCCGAUGACGAAAGAUUUGGUGGGUACAGGUGGGACAAAGCUGAUCCCGUUCUUGAGGACUUCGAGGGACGAGACCAGAGAGGCUACAGUCGCUAGGUGA